UUGCAACACACUCAGUUCAGCUCUAGUCGCUUUGCCGCUUGGAACGAGCGUUUGACGCCGGCCACGGAGAGGGCGAGAGAGUUACUCGGCGAUUUGAUAUGUGGUUUUUAGUGUUGUGACGUAGUGACAAGCUUAUCAGUACUCGCAUGUAAAUAAACAAUGGAUGUGAACAGAGCGAUUACAACGAACUGGCACAUACCGAGGCCGUCUUUAUCUAGUGCGGGCAGUAUCAAUGAUUCCCGCUCUAGAGGCGGCUCCGCCUCCAGCCAAGGCUCUUCUAGUAAUCACAGCACACACAGCGUCUCAUCCGGAUCACUUCUUCUAACAGCUGCACACUUAGUACAAUUGAAUGGUAAUCAAAACUACGAGCAGGUACCACGACCUGCCUUUACCAACGUAGUAUCGAUCCCAGAAGAAAGUGUCGAUACAUUAUGGAAGGACGUCAAACGUGGGUCCAUACCGGAACAAGAUUCAACAUCACUAGCCAGCUCCACCCACUUUACAGUUGUGAAUGGUUUUACGAAACAUCGACCGACGAAGGAGCCAAAAACCUGCUGCUGCAACCAAUCCCAUCAGAUAACAGUCCUAGUCAUUUGUAUGACGAUUCUGUUCUCUGCUUGUAUAUUGGCUGCUAUAUGCUUUGUCGAAAUGCGAAUGCGAAGAGAAACCGGAAUGUACAAAUAUUCUUAGAGACGGUUAGAAAGCAUUCAAUCGACGAAUUAGUUAUAGUUAUUUAUAAUAGUGAGGCUAUUAUAUAAGUAAUUACUGGAAAUUUCAUAAAUUAAUGGAAAUUGUAUUUUGAUGCUUUAAUUAAGCAUUCAAUUAUAUUGACAUCGGCCACAUAGACGUACUAAAGCUUUUAUAAAAUCACUUCAGGAAGCUAUUUUGUCUUUUGAAAUGACAAAACACUCUCGAUGGCACGUUUAUAAAGACAUUAGUUUUACCUUUCCCAAACACCUUUCAGCAUAAUAAAUGGACCUUGGUCAUUUGAAAUAUCAGAUUUAAGAAUAACAUUUUCAUGAUUAAAUACACCUGGAUGUUUUAUGUAUAAGUAUAAUUAGAAAUCUAUCUCGGUUUUUAUCGCAUGGAUGCGAUCUUAAAUACGAUUGUGUAAUUAGAGUUGAAUAAAUUAGUGCAAUAAUUAGUUAGGUCUAGUAACUGGUAUUUAGAACAAUUCAGUGCUCAAAUCACAUUCUAGUUAAGUAAAUUAUUAAAAGCAGAUAACUGUGAUUAUAUUUACUAUGUUAAUAAAUGAAUAGUAGAAAUUAAAAAAUAAAUUGUACUAUAAUCAAAUCGAAAAUUAAAUAUGUGUUUUAGAAACACUAUUUCAAGGAAUUUAAACUUCGACUGCAGCUACGGGUCACAUACACGGUGGCCCUAGUUAGAUCCGGCGAAGCAAUGUUAUCACGUUUGUACAUAAAGGUGAAAUGUAUCAGGAAGUUUAAAAAGUAUAUUUUAAUACUAUAAGCAACUGUUUCGAUAAAUAUAACGUAUAUUAUCGUAAAUCAGUUUCUUAUACGCAUUACUAUAGAUUAUAUUAAAUUCACAAUACAAAGUGUAUAACGCAGAAGAAUUAGGAAGGAAUGUAAUAAUUUAACACUUCUAGCAAAAUGCCAGUGAAUAUUGAAUUAGUG